UACAGAUCGAGCUGAUGAGCAGCCCAGAAGCGAGAAAGAGAGCGGCAGAUCCAAACCGGAGUAUGCGGCCAAGAGCUUCUGGAACGUCAUGCGAGAAAUGGUACGCCAACCCCACAACUCAACCUGCAUCCCCUGACCAGGCACAGUCCCUAGAACCCGAGGAUGACGAUGAGAACGGUAGUGGUAGCACACGCACACCCACCACGCACCAGCACCCCUCCCCCCCGGAGAGUGUAUUCAAACGAGCCAUCGAGCAAUCCUACGAAACGCUCGACCAGAGCUUCCUCUUCGGCUCGCGUAAAACCAACGUUGACCUCUCGGCCCUGCACCCCCCCCAAGCCCAGAUCCUGAAGCUCUGGCAGGUGUAUCUGGAAAACGUCGAUCCGCUGCUCAAGGUCACGCAUACUCCGACCUUGCAGUCGCGGAUCAUCAACGCCGCGUUUGAUAUUGCGAAUAUUGGCCACACGCUGGAGGCGCUCAUGUUUGGGAUCUAUUGUGUUGCGGUGCUGAGUCUCGAUGAGGAUGAAUGUCGGGGGGUGGUCGGGUCGCCCAGGGAUGAGUUGUUGACGCGAUUUCGGUUUGCGUGUCAGCAGGCGCUGGUUAAUUGUGGUGUUUUUCGCUCGGGGGAGCGAGAGAGUUUGACGGCUUUGUUUCUUUACUUGAUCUCCGUCCGCCCCGACACCGACCCACGCUCCCUCUCCUCCAUGCUCUGCGUCGCGAUGCGCAACGCCCAACGAAUGGGCCUGCACCUCGAGUCCUGCAACCGCAGAUUCCCGGCCCUCGAAGCCGAGCUCCGCCGCCGCCUCUGGUGGUCCCUGAUGCUCUUCGACCACCGCAUCUGCGAGAUGUCCGACCACAAGACCUCCCUCCUCACGCCCACCUGGGACUGUCUCCCCCCGCUCAACGUCAACGACCUGGACCUGCGUCCUGAAAUGAAAUCCCCGCCUCCACCGCACCCCCAGCCCAGCGAAGCCCUCUUCCCGGUCCUCCGCAGCACACUCGCAGACUUCACCCGCCACAGCGCCUUCCAUCUCGACUUCACCAAUCCGGCCCUCAAACCCAUCGCCAAAGACCUGGGCCCCGACCCAUUCACCACCCUCUCCGCCAUCAUCACCGAAAAAUAUCUCCAACACUGCAACCCCGAAAACCCAAUCCACUCCCUCGUCCUGCAGACCGCCCACGGCCAAUUGUCUAAAUCUAGGCUGUUGGAACAAUACUCUACCUUCUCCUCUUCCCCCUCUUCUACCACCACCAACAACAGCACCAACCACCUCUCCUCCUCCCCUAGUUCUACCUCUCCAACCCACCCCAAUCCCGACUCCCCAAUAACCCACGCAAUCACCCAACUCCAAUCCGACACAUCCCUCAUGACCUCCCCCCUGACAAAGCCCUUCCGCUGGCUCACCCACUAUAACUUCCCCUCGCCGGCUUAUAUAUAUCUCAUCCAGGAUCUGAAACGCAGGCCGCUCAGUGUUCACGCGGAUCGCGCGUGGGAGGCCAUGGAUGCGAAUUAUCUCGCCAGGUUCGAGGAUAUGGCGCGAGAUACUCCUAUGGCGGAUUAUUUGGGGAGGGUGGUGAGUUUGGCGUGGGCGGCGAGGGAGGGGGUGCGGAUGAAGAAGGGGGGGAUGUAG